AUGGUAGCCACAGACAUCCAAAGCAUCCUUCAAUAUCAUUUCAAAGAUCCCGCCCUCCUCAAAGAGGCUCUCCAUGCCGGCUCUUCAACUUCAUCGACAUCUCGACAAGGUGGACGGGAACAUGAAAAUAAAGCCUUGGCAAUGAUUGGCGAUGCCGUGCUCAGGCUAGUCGUAGUCGACGAUGGCAUCGUAGGGGGCAAAACUCGUCAGAGCUGCCACCAAAUUUGGGUAGCAGAAACGUCGAAUCCUGCCUUGAGCACCAUCUUCGUUAAAUGGAAGAUAAUUCGCUUUGUUCGUUUACCGCCGGAACACACGACAAUCGUGUCUCAAACUACAGCUGCUUCAACAAUUGAGGCAUUGGUGGGCGCGGUUUGGAUCGACUCGGAUCGCGACUUUGAUACAGUUCAUCGAGGUAAUUCAUAA